CAACAAGACGAGGGGGGCCAAAAAUAACCGUGGCAGUGGUUGUUUUGGUCGCACACGGUCGACUGUGUCUAUCUCGUGCUGGUGAGCGUUGUGGUCCACACUCACUUUCCCGCGGAGCAGCCUUUCCAGGGCAUUGUGAACGGUUGUCCUUUUACGUCAAGGCGAAAGAAGCAAUGUCGAACGAAUCACGAUGGAAAAAUGACAUACAGGGCACAAUCCAUGCUGAACUCAAAAACGCUCAACGCCAGUCACUUAAACCCAAGAUAAACCCAAGAAAGCUUUGGAUUUGUGAAGCUGACGAAGAAGACAAAGAUCCCCGCACGAGGAGAAAACGAAGGAAGAUUCCAAAAGCACCGAAGCCUAACAUUGGUGUGAAGAACUUGCUGAGCCACAUUCACAGCGCUGCCACACCCACGUGCUGCAUCCGUGCUGACCAUGGCGCUGGCAGGUCCACACUGGGGCAUCACUUGGUAUCCACCUGGACCUCGGAAGAAGAUAUACCCAACUUAAAAACAUACCAGGCGGUUUUCUUUGUACCGGCAAGGAACGUAGUAGAUAUCGUGCAACAAAUGUUGAUUGCGAGGAGUACGGAUGAAAAUGGAGCGCAAUUCGAUGGUGGUUUAGUGGAAGAUAUUGAAAACGAAUUUGUCUCUGAAAUGAAGGUUCUGAAGGGACAUACUAAGCUGUCUGAAAAUGAACCUAUUGCAUGUAAAGCAGAUGUCGGAGAUAUAGCUUCUCAUUCACCUUUAGUCCAGCUCAGUCCAAAACUAAGAACUGGACUUCAUGCUCUUGUAUCAUUAUUGCUACCCAUCGCCUCAGCUAUUUAUGGACCUGUAGCCGUAUCAAAGGAGGUCUUAGGGAUGCACACUUUAUUAAUAAUCGACAACGCUGAGGAUUUGCAGAGGAGUGAGUUGGAAUUCCUCCAGCAGGUAUUCUGUCACACGAGUGGAGCUACUUCUACCAUCAUCCUAAUGACAGAUCCAUAUGGGUACAAGCGUGUUACGGAGACUUGGGAAGGCAUGAGAUUGUGUAAGCUUGAUCUGAUUGGGUUGGGUCGUGCCGAUAUUGUGGCAGAGGCAGAGGUUUACUUUGAUGCGAUAAGGACUGAAAAUUCUUUGAAAUUAAAGCAUCCUUCCUCAAGGUUUGAAACAUGUCUUGGCAUAAAUGAGCAAACAUUUGAAUUGGAAAAUACAAACACAAACACAGAGGAAGAUUAUUUACAGCAUGUCAAAAAAAUAUCGGAAAUAUCAAAUGAAAAUGAAGAAAACUCCGAAUGCUCUUCUCUUCACACAGAGGAAGCUAAAGGCAAGGAAAAUGAAACAAAAUCUGGCUUGAUAGACAAAAAUAGAGAAAAAUCAAGCGAAACAAUUUUUCCUAUAAAAGAUCAAGAAAAUAAUGAUAAAGGUUCUUCAGGUUCAAAAGACUCUGAGGAUAUGAAAAAUUCAGUCACAUUCUUAGAUCUUAUGACUGGAAAGAAAUCCAUACGGAAGAAGAAUGUGGAUCAAAAGGCAUGUUAUCGACCAAAAGGCAUUGGAGACUUUCUCUCCCGAAAUAUGUGUCGCCUCGAAAAGGUUUUAAGAUUUCCUGAAAUUCUGGUGCGGACUUGUGAUAUGUUUAUGGACAGCCUUGAUAUGUUCGACGAGAUCACAACCGCCACAGACCUGCUGUGGACCCUCCUUCACUGGGAAGGAGCCAAAGCUGUCUCCCUCUCGGACUCCAAUGAAGAGUCACUAAUUAGUUUUAGUAAUGAUAAAGAAUGUUUACAGCAGGGUGCAAGUUGCUCGAGUACUUCUAAAAGUUCACUUGAUUCUAAAAGUUUUGAGCAUACUUUUGACUCUUCCAAGUCCUUAAAAAAUUGUUUGGAACCCUGUAAAGAGUUUCCUGUAUCAGCACGCAAAAAUAUCCGUGAUAUGGACAAAACCUUUCACGAAAAAAUGUAUUCCUGGCUUUUGCUUAUCGGUGAGAAAUCCCUCACUGCUUUCGUAAACAAUGACAGCAUGGGAAGCGAUGAUUUUGAAAAACUAAAGACUCAAACAAUUGAGAUAUUUGGCGAUAAAGUUGCUGAAAUUAUGAUCAAUAGUAUUUUUAAGUGCAGUGAUUUCUUCGAAUUCUCAAGUAUUCCCGAAAACGUGAAAGAAUUCGUGGCUGAGCAUCUAUGUACAGAUUGCCAUAGUGACACUGCACUAAAACCUGACAGUCCUUAUCAUGUGUCAAGAGAUGACGGCCAUUUUGUUAGUUUAUCCAUGGAUAACACAAGUCCACCCGACAGUUGUAUGAACGAAAAAUCACCAUCUCCCAAAAGUAUUGAUACUGCAACAAGGUUUUCCAAAGAGAGUGAUGUUCCUGUAAUUACUGCCGAAAACUCAGAGUAUGCCCACGAACAAAAUACUGACCCUGCUCAGAACUUAGUUCAACCUACAGACCCACAACAACGAACUGAGCUUGACACUCUUGAACAUAUACAACGCCAUAGUUUUAACGAAAAUUUUGCCGGUAGAAGUUCAUCAGAUGACUGUGCACAUGUAAAAAGAAAUAAUGGUGAUUUAGAAAUUUCUCAACCUGAAUGUUUACUUCCAAAUGAAAAUGUAUCUGGAAACGACACCUGCUCCUCAGACUUCUGGGGCGAGAUACUAGGAAACGAAAACGUUUCUUAUCUUGGUAGUGUUGAUAAAGUUGAAGAGCCUGAUAAGUUUCCUAACCUCAAGACCACGAGUCCUAUUCUAGAAAGAGAUUUAGCACUUACUGGCAAUGCUGACUACGCAAUAAUGGAUUUGACUGAAAGCAAGCAAUUACCUACCGGGAGUAAACCUCCUUUAGUGACUGAAAAUGUACCAAAUUGCCUUGUAGAAAAUUUGGAUGAAACCACAUUUAAUAGGCUACCAUUAGAAACCCUCAAUGAAACUCAAGGAAAUGAAGGGGUAGGGAACAAUUUAGAAGACAAAAAUGCUAGUGAACAACAGAGCACUACAGAACAAUUAUGUGAAAAAGAAAAGAAACUAGAUAUCUGCGAAAACCAAAUCAUUGAGAAUGGGCUGCCUGACGAAAAGUGGGGUAUCUCAAAGCAUAUACCUCUGAAAGAUGAAGAAACCGAGACAAAUGAAAAUUUCGAUAAUUCACCCGAUGUCUUGUGGAAUAAAAUUUUAAGGUCAAACAGUGAUGAACUUAAGUUUGAAGAGCAUGCUUUUCUUCAGGGCAAUUCCACUGAUAAAAUAUUUUUGCGGAAUGACGAUGACUAUUCUGAGCAAGUAAAAGUCUUGAAAUAUGAGAAAGAUUCUGAAGAAGAUCUUACAGAUGAGAAAGUGGCGUUUGUUUCAAUCACCGAAAAUAUAAACAAUGGAGAUAUUCUCCAGGGAUCGAAAAAUAAUAAGUUAGAAGAAGAAAAUAUUCAGGCAAUCAAUGCAGACAUAAAUUGUCUCGCGAAACCUCUUCAAGAUCAUAAAAUUCAUCAUGAAAAUGAAGAGCAUUGCCCCGGAACGCUGAAAACACACACCUCUGAAAUUUUUUCAUCCGGUUGUGGAAAGUUCUCAGACUUUUGCAUAAACGCUCAGAGAAAACAAAGACAAAAUAGUUCUGAUGAAUACUCGGAGGAAAUUUCUUCAUUGGUCGUUGGAGGCAUGACUGAUGAUUGUCUCGAGGAAAACUUGUCAGAAAAGUCAUCCCCAACGCGUUCCGUACAGGAAAACAUCAAGAAAGACACAAACUGUGAGAAACUCAUAAACGGACAACCUGUACAAGAUGAACUAAGAGAUGACAAUGACAGUAGCAAAAACACAAACGAUGAAAAAGAUAUAUUCGAUAAUGAGUUUACUGAACAGCUAAUGACUACCAAUAUAUCUAUUCAUGAACAAGCAUUUUGUUACAGAGGAGACCAAGAGAAACAAGAAAUACAUGAAAAUAAUGAAACUCGAGAAAAGCAACAAACAGGAUAUAUUGACCUGCCCGUCAGUGAAGAAACGGCAGCUGUUCUACAACAUUGUCCCAUUAACGAUCUCGUGGACAGUACUCUGGAAGUAGAAAAAGGGCAACAAGCCUCUAACCCUGAGUGGACUGUCGCAGAAAAGCAGGAGACAACCAGUUCAAGCUCUGAAGAUGAAUGUAAAUAUAAAAUGCAACAUAUGCAGCAACGAAUCGACAAAAUUUUGCAGGUCCUGGCAGAUCAAACUGCCCCACCCCUUGCCCCUACUUUGUCCACUCGGAACUCAGUCAUUACACAGUUCCUCGCAUCGUGGUUUUUAGUUCACGAAAUUCAGUCAGGCCGAAGUCUUGCGUCCCUUACUUACGGUGCACGUUGCUGUCUGAGACAACUCUGUAUCUUUUCCUCUGGACUAGUAAAUCGUAUCCGUAGAUUAGUUGGAUACAAUUCUGAACUAAACCGUCGAAGGGUGGUGUGUGCCUUGCUUAAUUAUCGCUUUGACAGCUCAGACGACUUACUGUUCAACAUGGACAUGGUGGCGGAGUUCAAGGCCUACCCGGAGCUGGUUUCAUUUACGGUUGAGGCGUCUGAGUAUCCAGACGAGUGGCACGUGAGUCUGUACGAGGCACAGUUGGUACCACUACAGGCCCUUUUGCUUAAUGUGGCACCCAGUCGAAUAUUUCUUAACGUUGAGGAGGCUCGGCCAUUUUCCGAGGCAAAAGGCAUAUUAGAGUUUCUGCCGCGAGUAGAAAUUCUAGUUUGGUUAGACAGCGGGCGUCAGUUCGCCUACGGUAACACAGACAAAAUGGACGAGAUUGCGGAAUCAUUUACUGCUAACGUGGUCCUGGCAAAGGUGGAACUGGUGGCCGGAUGCCUCACCCACGCUGCUCUUAUUGAUUUACCCUCUCAUGCCCCCUUUAAGAGCCUUGUAUACCUGAAACUGCGGGUAAUUGAUAUGUGCUCACUGUCCUCUCUGCUUUCUGUUGACCGUCAGUUAAAGGCUCUUUUGUGGCUGGAAGUGAAGCUCGACUUUGAUUGGCUAUCGGAGGAGGAAAGUAAGAUCAACAGUCUGCCCCGCUCUUCGGUGCCUCUCUUUGAUGUUUACCUUCGAGAUUGUGGUGACGAGCAUGUGGUGCAUAUUUCUAAUCUUUUGGUCCACUUGCACUUGCGUUAUUCCGGCAUUCAUUUGGAAUCCACUUCGCUCACCCCGGAGGGCGUGUAUGUCCUUCUAAAGCAGCUUCAGCAAAAAGAGAUUCGUCUCUAUUCCCACCCUACCGCACGACAGAGAUUCCGCCGGUGGUACUAUCCUCAGCUAGCUGAUGGACCGGCACCUACUGACGAUCUAGCACGUGAGAGACUCGGCUUUGACGACCGAGUCUUCUAUAGUAACCACCGCAUUGAAUCCAACACAUAUGCUACAGCAAUCGAUGCUUGGAACUUGACUUCUUUUUUAGAGGAGGAAGACAGAAUUGUCCAUUUCGUUUAUACAACUGAGAACCUUAAUUUUAUGAAAAGUCUAACCGGUUCCGUGGAGGUGGAGAAGAUUAGCAAGUGAUGAUUUUGAAAUGAUACUCGUACGUUAGUAUUUUGAUGAUAAAUAAACUUAAUUUUAAAGACUACUGCAUUUGGUUGGAAUGCCUCAUCGGUCGGGGGAAGUUCCUUCAACUUUGGUGGGUCAUUGCUGUUCUUGGCCAGUUUCUUGACCCAUGUUUAGUAGCGGGCUUCUGUCAUAUCCUGGCAUUGGGACUAACCAUAGCACGCCUUGAUGAAGGCAUUUCCUUGUUGGAGGAUUUCAUGCUCAGUACGCCUGAUAUUUCCAAUGGCUGAGAGGGGAUAUUUGCCUGACUGGAGCACACGAAGAGCAGUCAGCUUGCCUAUUCCAUGGUACGGUGCCUCGGUAUCGGUGCAGGCUUAUUCGGACCUUGGCUCAUUCGGACCUGGCUCAUUCGGACCACUUAGUGGCUUAUUCGGACCUUGGCUCAUUCGGACCUGGCUCAUUCGGACCACUUAGUGGCUUAUUCGGACCUUGGCUCAUUUGGACCUGGCUCAUUCGGACCACUUAGUGGCUUAUUCGGACCUUGGCUCAUUCGGACCUGGCUCAUUCGGACCACUUAGUGGCUUAUUCGGCCCUUGUUGCUGGCUUAUUCGGCCCUCGUAGCCAAUUAGUGUUAAUAAUACGUUGUGUGUGUGUGUGUGUGUGUGUGUGUGUGUGUGUGUGUGUGUGUUUCUUUCCUUGAUAUUUUCCUGGAUACUUUCCUGGAUGUCUUCUGGAGGCAAAAAUGGAAGCGCAAAAACUUUUCUCAUUAGCUUUUAGACACUGUCUCUAUUGUUGUAGGAGGUUUGCUUCUUGAACCUUCCGCCACAGUGCCUGUCCAAAGUGAAAAGCACAACCAUGAAUCACUUGGUUUUCAAAUACAGACCUUAGAGCCUUCCACUAACCUGGCUCGAAAUCAACAACAAACGACGAUACGGCAGGUUACUCUGGCAAUAGUUCAAGAAUGGUUUUGAAAACUUUUUUGUAGUCUUUAGAUUUCUUGCCAGACAUGAUUGCAAAGCACAAAGGAAGUUGUUUCACAUUGUUGUCAUAUUUCACAAAGCAAUGAAUUCAAAGCAGUUGAAAGAAUGGUCUCUUGACUACUUUAAAGGUACCAUCAAUGAACCAAGUUUUUCCCCUAAGUAACAAAUGCAUUUGCUUUGUUGUAAAGAAUACAAAGUGUUUUUUGGUUCCAGCGGUUACAGUUGCCCGUAAGAAUUCUUCAGGUAUCGUCUCCUCGAGGUAGUCAUGGUCGAUCUAAAAAAGAAUUAAUUAGGUACAUUAGAGAACCCCAACAAAACUAGAAACUUUUUUUUUCAUUAUAUUUCCUUAGUGUGUCCGCAUCAUUAAGUCUCCCCAUCAUUAUAACGCACCUCAAAGAACAAGUCAGUAGGAUCCUUUGGCCGAUGCGAGGCCCGUGCUCUAUUAACUAUUCUUAUGAGUGUGUUGUGGUUCGGCCUCGAAGCCUCGGGUUGACUUGGAUCACUAAAGCAAUCGUUGACAACACCCACUACGUCGCUUGCUGACUCGUAAACGUGUGCUUUUCCUGUAGUUUUACACUGAAAAAAGGAAAUUGUUGAGAGCAAGUGUAAUGCUGACUUCCUGAUGGGCGAGCCUCCCAUAACUCACUUAGCCUGUGGGGGGGUACCUCUUUGGCUCACCUCUUUGGCUCACCUCUUUGGCUCUCCCGUUACGCUGGUCGCGGGCUCGAUCCCCGGCGACGGCAAACCUUUCCUUGUCUGGAUUAAUUUCUCGUGUGUUUCGUUACACGCGGUGGUCGUGUGGGAGUGUAUAAAUGAGAAAAUUCUGGCAUUUCACAAGAGUUAUCAAUCUCGCCUA